AUGCAGAGCCCUAAAACAGAGGAGGAGGAGGAAGGUUGGAGGAAGAAGAAGUGGCCGUGUAUGAAAGCCACUCAGUUACAAGAGUUUAAAAUGCAAGCUUUGGUUUAUAGAUACAUAGAAGCUGGUCUUCGCGUGCCUCAUCAUCUUGUGGUGCCUAUUUGGAAGAGUCUUGCUCACUCUUCUUCUUCCUCUAGUUACCUUAUCCACCACAACCAUCACUCUUCUUCCCUGUUAAAUGAUAAGGUGGACCCUGAGCCCACAAGGUGCAGGAGAACAGAUGGGAAGAAAUGGAGGUGUAGUAACAAAGUCCUCCAGUUUCAGAAGUACUGUGAACGGCACAUGCAUAGAGGCCGUAAACGUUCAAGAAAGCUUGUGGAAUCUUCUUACGACGAUGUUGCUUCGUCUUUUGCUUUAACCAAACGUGACAACACUGAUGGUUUGGACAGUAGUAAUGAGAGUCAGAGUGUAUCUCAUGGGACAAUGUCGGUUUCUACUAAUGCUCAGGUUGUCACCAUUGCUUCACUUCCUAGUGCCAGAGUCUGUGAUAACAUCACUCGUCCAUCUCUAGUCAUCACCGAGCCCACAAACAAAAGUGUGAGUAAUCACGAUAGGAGCACGGACAUGAGUUAUGAUGACGUCAUCAAACAAAGAGGUGCGACUUUGAGUGUUAGAGGUUUUCCCGUUCAAGGUUCUGAGAGGUUACAUUCUGUUCAGAAGUUCUUCCCUGAGGCAUCUGAUAAUUCCUUAGAAGCUACAAAAUUCUCAAGCAACAGGAAGAAUGAGAUCAUUGCAAGAAGCAGAGAAUGGAAGAACAUGAAUGUUAAUGGCGGUGGCUUGUUUCCUGUCAUCCACUUUUCUCCAGACACUGUUCUUGAAGAUCGUGGUGGGUUUGGUUUACACAGAGUUGAAACAGACAAUGAGCCGGGAAGGUGCCGAAGAACAGAUGGGAAGAAGUGGAGAUGCAGCAAAGAUGUAUUGUCUGGGCAGAAAUACUGUGAUAAGCACAUGCAUAGAGGUAUUAAGAAGAAACGUCCAGUAGAAACUGGUCACUCACAUGAGAAUGCUGGUUUUAUCCGAGAAACCGUGAGACCAGAUGACAGAUCUGUUUCUUGCAAAGAUGGAGAGCUCCCUGUUUCAGGUUUGGGAACUCCACUGUCCCGAGUUUCAGAUGAGAAGAACACUACUAGUUGCAGCACCGACACCACCAUCACUGACAUAGCUUUAAGGGGGGAAGAAGACAACGAGGAGGAGGUCUUGUCAUUGUGUUCUUCAGCAGUUUAAAAGCAUAGAAAAAGUUGUUGAGCUUCUAAUGUUUCUGAUGUUUUCUAUCUAUGGAUCCUUCUUAAUAUGAUGUUGAGAA